AUCGAACCUCAGUUCGGAUUACAGCUCGCUAGAAUAUGAUUCUCUAUUUUAUACUCGGAGUAUUUCCCGCUUUCUUAUUGCCCAUUUAUGGACACCACUGCGGAAAACUACGAGAAAGCCAGCUUUACAACCGGAAAGAGAUCACUGCACCGGAUGAGUACACCUGGAUUGGUCGUGUCGGCUAUGUCUACGGAAAUAGAACAGAGUUUAGUUGCUUUUCGGUGCUAAUCCACCGGCGAUAUGCAAUUAUUAACGCGUUUUGCAUACUGGAUAACCUUGCAUCGUUCAUUGUGUUCGGGGAUUGGCGCGAAAACAAGGACAUUACAGUGGGUGACUGCCUCGUGGAGGGAAUAACCGCCCAGUGCUCUCCACCACCGCAGAGGGUGGACAUCGAGGAGCUAGUGGUGCACCCCGGGUACAAUAGAUUGGAUGACUACAAUUUCGGACUGGCCAAACUGGUUGAGAACGUAAUAUUCUCGGACUUUGUGCAGCCACUUUGCUUGCCGCCCGCCGGGGAAACCGAGAGCAACCACAUCGCCCAGAGGCUGGAGAUGGCGGGAUUCCGGAGGCCCUUGAGGAAGGGUGAUACGGUGGAUAAGGAGGGCGAGUGGCGGAGGAAGGUGCAGGUGCACACGGCAAGUAUGGAGUUCUGCCGCUCUUUAGGGGGAAAUAACUGGCCAAAUCGGACGCAGCAUCACAUUUGUGCCCUUGGGAAAGAGGAGAAUACCCUUUAUUUCGGAUCACCGCUAAUGGGCAUCGAAGUGGUGGAUGGAAAACCCCGGAACUUCUACCUUGUCGGUUUACCAGGCAGCGUGGAACUACUUGGUCACCCUUCCAAUCUCAGCAUGCUGUUAUUCACGAGCAUCUUUCCAUUUAGGAACUGGAUUGUAAAAAACAUGGAGCUCGAUUACAAUUGAAUUUUUUUAUUU